UUGCAGUUUUGAUUUUGCUUCAACAACAAGUGAUAAAUUGUGUUAGUUUUAAUGAACAUUUGAAGUUUAGCAUUGUGGUAUAUGACUAGCUACCUCAUAACAGGAUUAAGUCUUAAAGAUGCCAACUUGAGUGCACUUCAUAGAUUAACAUUUCUCGACAAUUAGUGCUAAUUUUUGGUAGUUUAUAUGGUAGGCUGUGUAAGUAAUGCUGCAUUAUGGUUUCAUUUAUCCUCUUGUUUUGUCAAUGAAUUUCAACACAAAUGGUGGGAGUAGUGACUGGUGAGCUCCGCUUCGCUUCCAAGGAUGUUCUAAUUUGUUUAAUCAUUAUGCUUUAUUUGUGAAGCACAUAUCCAAACAUAGCAGAAAUGAGAUACAACAAAUUAGAGAGAAGAAAAACACGAAACAUUUUGUUAGAAAACCUCUCAAGUCUUUCCUUGGUUUGAUUUUGUGCUCUCCACAAAGUAGUUUGUUUUAGUUUCACUUCACAAGGAUUGUUUUUGCCUUGUUUUUAUCUUUUCAUUUUCUCCUAUCAACCAGAACUUUCGAAAUAAUCAUAAUUUAGCAUGCAGGUUUACCAACAAUCUAUUGCAGCCUGCUGUAUCCAGGACUGGCCAAAGGAGAGAAUGCUUAUACAGGUUUUGGAUGAUUCUGAUGAGUUAGAUGCCCAACUCCUUAUCAAGGCUGAAGUACAGAAAUGGCAACAAAGGGGUGUGCAUAUAUUGUAUAGGCACCGUCUUAUACGCACAGGCUACAAGGCUGGGAACCCGAAAUCUGCAAUGAGCUGUGAUUAUGUAAAAGAUUAUGAGUUUGUAGCAAUAUUUGAUGCUGAUUUUCAGCCAGGACCUGAUUUCUUGAAGAGAACUAUUCCUCACUUCAAGGGGAAGGAUGACCUAGCAUUGGUCCAAGCAAGGUGGGCAUUUGUAAACAAGGAUGAAAACUUGCUUACAAGACUGCAGAACAUAAACUUAUCAUUCCACUUUGAGGUUGAGCAACAAGUGAAUGGUGUUUUCAUCAACUUUUUUGGUUUUAAUGGAACUGCUGGUGUAUGGAGGAUUAAAGCCCUUGAAGACUGUGGUGGUUGGUUGGAACGGACAACAGUUGAAGACAUGGAUAUUGCUGUUCGUGCUCAUCUUUGUGGAUGGAAGUUCAUAUAUUUGAAUGAUGUUAAGUGCCUUUGUGAACUUCCAGAGUCCUAUGAGGCAUACAAAAAACAGCAACAUCGUUGGCAUUCAGGUCCAAUGCAGUUGUUCCGUUUGUGCUUUGUUGACAUACUUCGUGCAAAGGUACUGAAGUUUUCCCCCCCUCUUGCUAUCAUUUAUAUUUGGUAGAUAUUGAAGUCCUUUUUUUUUUUUCUAGAAAAGAUGUCUUUAUAUCUUUUGAAACCAGAAAGUUCUUGGAUGUCAUUUCUGGUGCACAUAAUUUACUCUUCCUAGCAGAAAAGUAGGGUGUUUUGUACACAGACAAAAGUAUUUAUCUUGACAUGGAAAAAUUUAAAGGGAAAUAAUGAAUUGUCUAGAGCUGGACUAGGCUUGCAAGAUACUGUGACUAAAACAUAGUUGUUUGACUUCCAGUUUCACAGUUUUUUAUGCAUGUAUUUGUUUAUAUAUUUCGGCUUCCAAGGGGUUCAAGUGCUAUUAAUACCAUGAAAAAGUGGACCAGAGACCAUGGGUACAUCAUUCCCUGGUGGAUGCAGAACCAUAGAUACUGACCUUAUAGCAGUCAAUCAAACUACUUAUAGUGGCUGGUUGUUGAGCAUAUCAUUUAUGUCUAAAUAUCUUGAUGGAUUUAAGAAAAUUCGUGUUCAUAUGAAGGUUACGUUGAGCUUCAUGUUUCUUCAUGGUCUAAACGGCUCUUGUUCCAUGAGAUUAGUCAGGAGGUUUUUCUACCUAAAAUAAACACCAUGUCAGUGCUCUUAUGUCUUUUUGGUGAUCGGCUAUUGGUUCCUUUAAUGUUGCUUCUUAAGCAGAAAUAGAGAAAGCAUUGUAUUUUUAGUUU